AUGGAGCGCACGCGCUCUCGCCCGCCUCAGGAUGCGCAACGCGUGUUUUUACGGGAGCUUCUCGGCGAUUUUUCCGCAGCAAAGACGGGGACUGAGAUGCCCGCAAAACAGUCGCCGUCCCUUUCGCUACAGUUGGAAUCAAACGCGAUGCCGCUCAAGAAGAGCAAUUCUCCGAGUGUCAGCACGCAGGAGGGGUGUGGCCUGUCGCCCCCCGCCCUGUUCUCAAGAAGGCCGCAGUUGAAUGGUGGCCAGCAGGACCCGGUGCUUCUUAGCGGCGCGAACUACUCCCCACGGAUAUCGCUCGACGUCGCGAAAGGUCCUCAGGACCUUCGGCAACGCCGCUACAACGAUGUUUCUUCCGUGCAACCAGUCGAAGAGGUGGUUUUGCCAAAUGUCCCGCUAGCGCCCCAUAUGCCCAAAACACCUCCGAAAAGUACUGCAACUUUGUCCCCGCAGCACUCUUUCUCUUUGUCAUCGAUGACUUUGCAGGGAGCAGGGAAUGGGCGCCGCAUCUUUAAACGCUUUGGAAUGCAUACUGUUUGUGACAUGCGUGCUGAUGAUGCUGGAUCUUCAGAGGGAACCGGUGGAAUAUCAAAGAAAUCAAGCAAUGGUUUGACGCCUAAUGUCAUGGAGGAGAGCAUUAUUGCACCGUAUGUCCGCCCAUGGUUGCGUCCGCAACAACUGUCCUCCUUUAGCUCCCCUACAAAUGGAUUGGAGGAGAUGGCACUGAUGAAUUUGAAGUCGAUGCCCUCAAGGGAGAAUACACGGGAUGCCUCUCUGGACAAGCGCAGUAAACCCCGUUCUAUGGAUGAAAAUAAACUGCGAUACACCUGCCCAAAUUACCGGGCUGAAAAUGAGGGGGAUGCGCGUGCCGUGGAAUUGCCGCGCACGGAUUCUUCGCACUAUAUUCGUUCUUAUGCUCUCACUUCAACGAGGACAACUGUGAAUGCAUCCGAAAAUCUGAAUGAAGAACAGAAUCUGUUGGAAAGGCAGCAAUCCGCUCGAGGCACUGUUGCGGAAAGUUUUGUGACGGCGCCCGGACGAAAGAGUAGUGCCAUGCUCACACGCACGUUAUCGGACCUUCGCUCAAAAUCCAAGCGGGGCAGUACGGCGGUGUCGUCUCCGGGUCUUCACUGUUCUGUGCAAGACCUACCCACAACUGAAAAAGGGCAGGGAUCCCUCUUGAAACGAAAUUCUUCCUUCACGUGUGACAGUCGCAUUAAUUGCGAGAGGUGGGAUGGAAAUAUCAGUCGUAACAGUAGCAGUAGUAGUAGCAGUAAUAGCAGCGACAAGAAGAACAGUGAUGAUGCCAAUUGCCGUUCCUCUAGUUUGCGUUUGUGUGUAAAUAAUAGUAAACGGGGCGAGGUCCCCGUAAAUGGUGGAAGGCUUGAAAAAUACUCCCCGGACUUCAAUGCGGCCGGUUGUGCUUACUGCGUGACGUACAACAAUUUUUUUGAGGAGGGUGACAUCCCUUCACUCUCCGUUGAAAACUUUCGUCGCUCCUCAGAUCUUUCCGGAAAGGUGAUCCGGGGCUUGGGGGCGCGCUCCAACUCUCCGCUGUAG